AUGGAAUACUCGCAGGAGCAACUGAAUUACUUCAGGCUCUGCUACGUUGCAUUUAAUCUGGUCCCAGCAGGAUUGCGGCAAAUUUUCAAAAAUGAGUGGGAUUUUCGUUACAAGACAACUCCACUUGGAGAAUGGAAAGACACACCACAGAAUGGUCGUGAUUUCUAUAACAAUGAAUCUAAAGCAAGUCACAAGAAGAAUGGCCAGUGUCUAGCCACAAUCCAGAAUGGUUACACGGCAGAGUGGGACUGCACCUGUUUGUUUUUUGCCAUCCUGUACUCAGACAGCAUUGGUAAAACCUUGAGUCCAGCUGUCUAUAAAGAUGUCGAUGACAUACGUCAGGUGCAAAACGAGAUCGCCCAUAUCACUGACGCUAAGCUGACAGAUGCCGACUUCCAAGCUUCUGUGGAUCGACUGAUAAACGCUUUUACAUUUCUUGAUCUUUCUACAACUGAGAUUCAGGAGGUUAAGAAGCAGACAGCAUUUCCAACGAGGGAACUGGAGAAAAUUAGGAAGCAAGCUCUUCAUCUCCAAGCUGAGUUAGAUCAGGCAAAAUCUGACUUACAGGUAAAGGAAAGCGAACUUCAGAGAACAGAAGCUGACCUGGUUUCUGCGAAAGAAGAAAACAAGGCUUUCACACAGGAAAAAAGUGCCAAACUUCAGCCGUUUUGCAUUCUUACAUCGCGCCCACCUCACAAUAUCAUCAGGCGGUCGCAUGACAUUGAAAGAAUCACAAACAAAAUGGAGGAGCUUUACAGUGGUGCCAAUGCAGCAGUUACUACUGUGUAUUUGUCAGGACUUCCAGGAUGUGGAAAGAGUCAACUUGCCCGGGAAAUAGGACAACAGUUCUUUUCUGAACGAAGUGACGACGAUGAAGAUCUAGUCUUUGUUGGGACACUAAAAACAGAAAGCGUUGAGACACUUGCUGGUUCUUACAUGACCCUUGGAAGACACCUAGGGAUAACAGAAUACGCCUUGACAAGCUUAGAGUCUUUAAAAAGAGAGAAGCCAAUUGAAGCAAUUCAACAGCUCCAUCGUUUGAUUUUGCCUAAAGUUAGCAAGUUUAGCAAGUGGUUGAUAAUAGUAGACAAUGUGACUGACUUACGCUUAGUCCGCGGCUUACUGCCUCAAACCGGCAGUAAGGAAUGGGGCCAUGGUCAAUUGUUGAUUACCACUCAAGAUAGCGCUACAAUCCCUCUUAACGCUCCUCAUACGUAUCAUGAAUCGUUAAGUAGAGGAAUGAUGCUGGACGAGGCAGUGAAAUUGCUGGAGACAAUAUCGCAACUUUCAGAGCAAGAAGAAGCGAAAAAUGUCGCUGAACUUCUUGAUUAUCAGCCACUGGCUCUAGCUGCGGCUGCGUCUUACGUCCAAACUGCUCAAGGGUCUUCAAAUUGUGAUUGGAAAGCGUAUCUUCACGACAUAUCAACAUACCGCCAACGAAAAGAGAUUGAAACCGUCCUUGCAACUGAGAAUUCAAGCAAUGCUAAAACACUAAUGACUGCUGUAGAAAUGGCUGUCCACAUAGCUGUUGACGUUGACGAGGUUCUUCGCCAGGCAUUCUCUUUUCUUUCACUAUGCGCUCACGACGACAUCCCACUCGAAACUGUCUCGAACUUCGUUAAAGCCCAAGUAAAGAACCAGCCAGAAGAGUUAAUGAAGGCAAAGAUCGAAACGUCUUCUUUACUUCUUGUUCAUUCCGAGGAGGGGGAUGAACGAACAUAUUUAUGCUCACACAAAAUCGUGCAUGAAGUUUUAAAACGAAGCGAGAUGUUCAACCUCGAAUCUAAAGAGAUUGACCAAAUAAUAGGAGAAGCAGUAAAGAUUUUCAAGUCCCAGCUUGAAGAAAAUUUAGAAAAUUAUGCUUUUUUUAAAAAAUUGAGGCCCCACUGUGAAUCGUUACUUAAUCACAUGGCGUCAGAUUUCAGUUCUGAUCAAAGUGCUAUUUUUGAAAGGUUUACGCCCUUCAUAGAUUUAGAGGCAGUUAUUGAUUGGCUAGGUACUCUCGCCAGUAUUUGUCACAGAAAUUCUUAUUUUUUCUAUUCGAAAAAUGUCGUCGAUUUAGCAUGCAACCUAGUGAAGAACAUAGGCGAGACUCCUUCAGCUGUGUUAAUUAAAGCGAGGAUUUUUGACAUAACUGGUGCGGUGCACGUUGGCAUUGGAGACUACAGUCUUGCCAAAAAGUUUCUCGAAAACGCAUUGGAGAUUAGGCUAAAGAUUUGGAGUGCAGAUCAUGGCGAUGUAGCAACAAGUUAUAACAACUUGGCAUCAGUGUAUAAAAGCAUGGGAGACUUCAAUCGAGCCAAAGAAUUUUACGAAAACGCACUGGAGAUUAGGCUAAAGAUUGUGAGUGAAAAUCAUGGUGGUGUAGGAACAAGUUAUAACAACUUGGCAUCAGUAUAUGAAAGCCUGGGA